GACGAGGAAGACGGCGGGUUGUGUUGAGAUUGGUCCCUGCCCUGACUCGAAGGGCGGCCAGGAAUCCGCGCCGUGAGAGGGCGGAAAGGGAGCGAAGGAGACGGUUGUCGACGUUUCCCUCAGGAUGUGGAAACUGGUUCCAGUCGCCGAGCCCAGUCCAGGUGAACCACAUCGACUUUUAAUUGGCAUCGAGUAUGUUGUUGGACGCAAGAACUGUGCCAUUUUAAUUCAAGAUGAUCAGUCAAUCAGCCGAAGCCAUGCAGUCCUUUCCGUUAGUCAUCCUCCAGUUAACCUUAGUGAAUCAUCUACAUUUCCUGUGUUAACACUGAAGGACACCUCUAAAUAUGGUACCUUUGUUAAUGGAGAAAAACUACCAAGUGGCAGUUCCAGAAAUUUGCAGUCUGGUGACAGAAUCACUUUUGGAGUCUUUGAAAGCAAAUAUAGGUACUUCCAGGCACGACUGAACUGUAAGCACUGUGGGAAACCUGUUAUAGAUGUACGCAUUGGGAUGCAGUAUUUCUCAGAAUACAGCAAUGUUCAACAGUGUCCACACUGUGGAAACUUGGACUACCAUUUUGUGAAGCCAUUCUCUUCGUUUAAAGUUUUGGAAGCUUAUUGA